AUUUUGUUUGAUUUUUUUCCCACACAAAUUGGAACAUGUGCAGUCUAUUCGUAGAUGGUAGUGACGUAGUAGUAUGGUGUGGCAUGCCUCUAGCAUAUUGACUGAUUCAAACACUGCCUGCCAUGAGUUUUAAUCACCGUCAUGCAGGCCAACCUUAGCAGUUUGUGGUUUGGCGGUGAUGCCUUAAAAGUAGAGAAAUUGUCUUUCCACAAAUGCUGAAAUUCAAACGUGGUUUCUGCAGAUGUUUACCACGGCGAUUCCUACAAUAAGAUGAAAACUUGGCUGCCGUCUACAGAGACAGCAUCUUGAUACUUCAUAAUGCUGACAUUAUCCAUCCAGACUCAUUGUCAUGGAAAGACAUCUCUGUGGAACUCCCAAAACCAUUGUCUUCACCUGUGGCCCUUACACAUGAUGCAGAGACCAACAGACUCUUUGUGGCAAAUACUGAUCCCAGAGACGAAGCAAAGAUUAUUUCCAUUUCACUCAAUUCAACAUUUGGAGUGGUUAACAUGACUACUGCUGUCAAAAGCAGAUCAACAUCAUCGAUAGAAGGGAUGUCAUACAGUCCUCGGUCAAAACACAUCUACUGGACUGAAACUCAUCAUUAUAAUAUUUACAAAGCCUCAAUACAAAGUGAUGAUAGCAGUUAUGAAUCCACUCCAGAAUUGAUAUCAAAUACUGGAAAUCCAUAUGCACCUCGUGGAUUAGCAGUGGAUGUCUGCAAUGAGCAUUUGUACUGGAGUGAGCUGGGUAAUGAAAGAAAUGUGCCUAGUAGUGUAGAGAUGUGGAAUCCUGAGAGCAACAAACAUGAUGUUUUUAGGAAGGCUGAAGAAAAGGAUUUUUAUCAGGGACUUACCUUUGAUGACACCACAAGGACUUUGGUGUGGGCUGUUACUCAUGGAAAUGACUUGGACAGCUCCUGCCGUAUUGUCAGCUAUUCAGUUGAUGAUGAUCGUCAUCAAGACCUUGUUCAGUUGGAAAAGUGCCAUCCAUUUUCAUUAACUGUUGAUGAAAACUAUGUAUAUUGGGCAGAUUGGAGCAGAGAGGGAAUUAUGAGAGCAUCAAAGAGUGACCCAAAUAAUGUCACAAGAAUCCUUGACACCCCUCCUGACAAGAGAAUGAGCAUUCUUGGUGCUUAUGGUAUAGCAAAGUUAAAUGUUGGAAAAAUGGUUCAAAUGCCAUGCCAGGAUAAAAAAGAUGAAAGUCAUCAUGAAGAUAAGUCAGUAAAUAAUGAUGAAAGAUUCGAAGGUGUAGCAGAGAUCAAGGAAACACAGAAUGGUUCCUCAGAUAAUGUGGAAUCGGUAGAGUUGAAGAAGGAAAGAGAUGACCAAAAAACAGAUGAAGAAAUUGUUCCUGAAUCUGCAGAUGAUAUGGAAUCAAAAGAUGUUCAUAUAAAAGUUGAAGAAAUCAAACCUAUGAUACCUGAGCAUACUACCACAGAACAUUCAGACACAAAAAAUGACAAGAAUAAUGUUGAUGUGAAAACCUUCAAGGACAGAACAAUGUUGAAUGGUUUCCAGACAGAUUCACCUUCAAUUGAACCUCAACAGAAAAUCAACCAAGAGUCUGCAGACACAGCAACCAAUACCUACAAUGAUGAAACACAGACUGACUCGCUUGCCUCGCUGUCAACUUAUGGUGUCGCAGUUGAGGAAUGUGUUCCUCGGUAUAACUACUUGGCAAUGAUUGUGGUUCUGGCUGCAACAACUGUUAUGUUCCUGUGCUCCACAAUCAUUUUGGCAGUUUUACUCUAUCGCAGGAGAGCCACAUCCUGUAAAGGAAUCUCUGUAGCUGCCAUAGAGACGCCACAAACUGUGGUUGUUCAAGUUCCUCGCAAGGUGAAGCGUUUUGGCCCAAAGAAGUCAUUUGUUACUAGAAAUAAAUCAAGACCUUCUGGGUCCUCCACCUGUUCUGAUUUGGCUAAUGAUGGUGUGAACAUCAAUAUUGAGGAUUGCUGUCAAAUGACUCUUUGUGAAACUCCCUGCUACACCACUGUUAAAAAACAAGGCAAGUCAUACAAGGAUGUAAGAAAAAAUUCCAAGAGUUACGAGGAUAAGAGAGGAUUACUUGAUGAUGGCGAAGAUAUCUGAGCUAGUAAUGAAAAUGGUAUCUGGGACAAUGUUGUGGUCCAGAGAAAUUAUUUCUGGUAGUCUCAUGACAGCCAAUCACAGGCAUUGGGGUAGAUAUGUAAUAGAGGGACAUCUAAACAUACUGAACACCAAUGGAAGGCUUUGUGUGAUGUGAUCCUUCCUUUCCAUUGCACUCAUGACCACAAAAGAGUUCAACUGCCUCACUACCUUAUGAGUGAUGAAAUUGUUUAUAUGAUUUUGUUUCUGCUUUAUCUAAAAAAGUGUCAUUGGUGUACAAAGGAUGAACUUGGAGUCACCUGCAUGAUAUUGUUUUACUUAGCUAAAAUUUAGAUAAAUUUUAUCUGUGAUGCCUUGCUCCCAGAGGGAAUGAGGCAUUAGAUAGAUCAACAUAGAUAAGUUGCCAAAUUUGCCAAUAAUUUUGCCUGGAUUUGGAAUUUGUAUUUUAUUCAAGGGAUUUUGAAUGAUACCAAGUUAGUCCAAAUAUAAGUCCACCCUCAACUGGAAAUAUAGGCAAGUUUUCACACAUAUGAAGCACCAUUUUUAACAAAUACAUUUAAAUGUAUUCAAAAAGGUCUCAGACCAAGGUACAAAAAGUGCAUUAUUUUUGGGAUUGUAACUCUAAUGUCCUACAAAGUGUGUCUGUGUUACCUCACACUUUGCUCUAGUGGUCCUUCUGUUGCUUGAAACAUUUCUAGAAGUCAUGUUCUAGAAUGACUACCUGGUACAGUGUUAUACUUUUAAUUAUGAUGCAUCCUCAAGUCUAAAAUGGUGAUCAAUCUGAGUGGCAACUUUGAGAGCAGCCGGAAACCAUAAAGAACCAAGUCUGGAAAGCAAAAAGACUAAUCAUUCUGAGGAAUAUGCUGCUCAGCCAAAAAAUUGUGGAUAAGGUGUAGAAAUCAGACAUCUGAGAGGCAAAUAACUACAGUUGUCUUAUGACAUUGUGGCAGUUUAUUCUUCACACCUGGUUCAAAAUGUGACCAAACACUAGAUUUCUCUUCAUACAUAGUUCCUGUAAUAUCAGAGUGUUCCUUAAGCUGAAGACAUCUGAGGUUCAAAGAGAGAUCUUAUGAAGCAUGCAAUUCUGGGAGUGCAAGCACUGAUGGGGUAAGUGAGUCACAAAGUGGCAGCUUUAUAGGACGUUAAGAAUUAGACCCUGAAUUACAAUUUGUUUCCUUACCUGAGAUCUAAUAUAAGAAUAACUGACUUGUUAUGUAUUUAAAAACUUUAUUUAUGCUUUUAUCCAUCCAUUGUAUACCUAAAACCUGUUCCUGAGAAUUCCCUCAAGGGGAUGACUAUGAUAGGAGUUUUACAAGCUUGCAGCCACUUUUUUUAAAUUGACAUUUAUUUUAUUUAUUUAUUUUUUUAUGAAUGCAUAGGAAGAAAAGAUUAAGUAAAAAGGCCUGUAACUAAUAAUUUGAUGAAUUAGUUAAAUGUUCUUUUUGACAAAUGAUUGGAGAUAUAUCUUUUAGCAUCAGUGAUUGUAAAAUUGAAAUAUGAAUUGCAAAUUGAUUAAUUAUAUAAAGUAUAAGAUUAACAUUUGACAAUUAUAUCACAUAAUGGCAGUUAUAUUUUCAUGCCAUAGAAUACCACAUACUAAUUAGUUUUUUUAAGAACAUAAAUAGUAUGUGAAUUAAGUAACAAAUUAACAGUGGAGUUGUACAUACAGUACAAGGGUUUUACAACUGAAGACAAAAUAUGAAUAUUGAUUUUGAUUAUUUACUUUCAAAGAUACAUUAUACACAUGAAAUUUCCAUAUUUAUUAGAUAAUGUGAUAGUACUUGAAAUGUUAUUUUUUGCAGACUUGGUAUGAAUUUCAAACUUUCAAAUGCAAUAACAACAACAAAUGAUCUUAGUUUCAUAAUUUCUUGAAAUAAAGUUAUGUGACACAGUGCAUUACCUUCCAGGAGGCAAGGUAAAAUGAAGGAAGUGUGAUUGCUUGAUUUCUGUCUACCAUUAUUAUUAAUUUUUCAACAUAUCAUUACCUCAUCCCCAUUUGGUUUAUUAAUCAAACUAAACAAAUUCAUAAUUUGUGUUGGAGAGACUGCAUUGUCAUGGUAUGAUGUUCUUAGUUAUGGAUAUGGAAUACAUUUUUCCUGGGAGUUGCUUUCAUUAUUUUCUCCAGCUAAGAAAUUUAUUCUUAUUACAAAGUACCUAUGCAUCACAUUCAUGAAUACUGUUGUACAUAAGCAAAGCUAAAGAAACAUCAUAAUGGCUGUGAUAUAGCUUGUAAGAAUUAUAAAAUGUUGCACAUAUGAUUUUUGCUGUUAUUUGUGUUGAGCUUUAAUUACAAUGUGAUUUCUGAACAAAAUCUGGGAUGAUAACAUGUAUGUGUAAGAAAACUUGCACAGUAUAUCGAUAAAAGGUGAAGUGUGCAUUGUCGUAAAUAUUUUUUUGUAAGCUAGUCUGUUGAAAUAUUUAAAGUCUUCGGCUUGUGGAUUUGAACAACCAUUAUUAUUAUUUUAUUUAUUUACUUAUGAUACGUCAUCAUGUAUGACAGCCAAGUCUGUCAUGUCAUAUUGUAAAGAAACUUUUAUUCAUGAUUUUAUUUAUUUAUUUGCUUAUAUUUACUUUUUUAUUGGUUUAUAUGUCUAUAUUUUUGUUUUUAAAGUUUUACUAGUAAGUUGAACAUUAAUAUUUAUUACUUUUUUUUAUUAAUAUUUUGACAGGAACAAGUGUUCCAGCUGUACACAUUUGUUUCAUGAAGCCAACAGUUUAUAAUCUGGAUGUAUAUAUUUUUAAGGGUAAUGCCAGCUUUUGAUGUCAAAGUUUUAUUGCAUUUAUAAACUGACAAGAUGACUUGAUAUCAGUGUUGUAGUAUAUCACAAGUGCCACAAGUUUUCUUCUUAAACUGAAAACUGAAUGAAUCUCAAAAUGGUAAUGGAUUUUGUAAAUCAGCAAUUUCACAUGCAGAAAUGGAAAUGAAGAAUUAGGCAUCAGUUUGCCAGCUUAUUAUGUUCUUUGAAGUUUGAUAGGCAUUUAGUUUACUUCAUUUAGCACUGCAGUCUACUUUUUCUCCAAGGUAUCAUUAAAAAAUGUGUUGGUAUGUAAUUGAAAGCAGAUACUUUAUGCCUUUUUAAAGCAGAAAUAUUUCUCAAGACAUACUUAAGCAAUUUUAAAUUAAGAAACUGUUGUUCUUAAGAUACUUAUAGACAUGAUGUUUCCAUUAAGAAUGACAUUGAUGUUUACCAAGUCAGUAGAUUGAAAUGAAAAAAAUACAGGUAUUCCCUGAUAUACAAUUCACGGUAUUUUAGGAUGUUAAAAAUUAUUGAAGGUUUACUUUAUUUGAUGAAUAUCCUGGGUCUUAAAAGACAGGAGGAGAGUUUUCUGGUACACAGUCAGUAAUAUGUUCAAGUUCAAAGAUAAAUGGUACCUGUCAGCCAGCCAAUGAGUGAAUUUCAGAAUGGCAGUGACACUGUUUCCACAUCCCUCUCUUUCUCCCACCUCCCUUAAAUAUAUGUUUGUUAUAUCGAGCUGUACAGCUAUUUCAUCAACUUCAUUUAUAUCAUCCACCAUCAGUGAGUACCUGUCAUAAAUUUUUCUUAUUAACAAAAAUCAUAAACAGUUAUUUUAGUGGUAGUAUCAAUUUAGUGCAAUUAUAGCAUUUCACAGGUGCUUUUGGAAUGUAAAACUGGGGGUUCACUGUAUAGUGCUAUUUGUUUGGGUGAAUGAUACACAGUCAACUGCAGUUGGAUAGACCUUGAGAAUGGUCAGUGACUCUCUCUCUCUCUCUCAUACUGAUUAUGGCACUUCUGUAUUUAUAUAUGAUAUAUUCAUUAAUUUUGUGGGUUCAUGGGGUACUUGUAUAAAUGUCAUGGAAUGCAUUACUCUUGUAUUUGUUCUUAAGUGUGCCAUAUGAUUGAUCACUUUAUGACAUGGAUUUUCAGUAAUUAAUUCCAAUUGUAUAUCAGGGAAUACCUGUAAGUGGUUAUGAGAACACAAAAGUUAAGCUGCAAGAGGUCUGUAGAAGGCCUACAACUGACCAUGCUUGUUUAGAGUAUGUCUUUCUGUAUCCACUAUAUUUGAUUUUUUCAAGCUCCUUAUUGACUUCACUAACACCAGAUGUGAAGUCGUUUUCCAGUCAUUCACCACAAUUUAAGAAGCAGUUUCUUACUGUCAUGCUUUUACUACUGCUGUUAUUACUACAAGCAUCUAUAUUACGUGCAAAAUGUAAUCUUUGGCAAGAAGUUUAUGAGAAUGGAAUUUGGAGGCUUUCUCAUACAGUUGGAACUGUAAAAGUACAUUAAUGCCACAGUGUUUAAUUCUUAUUAUUAUGGUAGCAAUAAGAUUAUAAACUACAGCUUUCUAAUCAACACACAAGUAAUUGACCAGAAUUAUGGUGCAAUCAUUAUAGAAGGCAGCUGAACUUGUAUGCCUGUUAUUUUCUGUAGUAAUUUUUACUCCUUCACCAAAACAUCACAGAUCAUGUGUUUGAUCAUAAAGUUCAACUUUGAAUCAAAUCUUCCGGUAUGAAGGGUUGAAAAAGGAAAGUGGGGUUCCUUUCCUUAUCACUAUACCUCUGUUUAGGUUGGAAGAUCCCAAUAUGUGUAAAGUAUGCAUACAUUGGAUUGGAUUAUAUGUAUGUUUUGUAACCAUGAUUUUUAAUGGUUAGAAACUGAUUACUAGCGUUAUCCAAAUUUUAUGGUGAUGGCCAUGUUCCAAAGAUUCCCAUUAAUUUGGUUAUCUUUAUUUAAGAUUGGCGCAUUUUAAGUUUUCUUUUAUGAGUAUUAUUUUAAUUGCAACAGGAUUGUUACUAAAAAGAUUUGGAAAUGGUUGGGUGGUUUUCAAGUUGACAUUGUAUUUUCCUAAAUAUACGGCUAAUACAUAAGAUUUACAAAUCAGGAUAUUGAAAAUAUAAACAAUAAUUUUGUUAUAUUCAUUAUUUGAAAAAAAAAAAAAAAAAAAAAAAGUUGAUUUUAUAGAGGGUAAUCUAAAUUUUAAUUAAUUUGAAAUUUCUAAAAGCAAAAAAGUUCAUGUAAUGUUCUCUACAGUUUAUGCAAAGACAAAACCUAUCAAUAGAUUUCAAGUAUUAGCAGCCUGGAUGAUCCAGUGCUACAUAAAAGACUUGAAAUAUAAUUUGUCACUUCAAAGUUUUUAUAAAGCAUAACCUAAAGAUUUUUAUUUUGUUGGAUGUUAUAUUGGAUCUCAAUGUUCCUUUGUUGAAAAAUGUUGGCUUCAUUCUUGAAUUUACCCUCCUUAAGACCAAAAUGUAAUAUGCAGACAGAUAAACUCACAACAUAAAUAUGAAAGAUGUGCACCUGGUCAGAGUGGAACAAUUAACAGGAUUGGAUUCUUGGAUACUAGAAAUAAAUUAGAGUAUUCUAAGAAAAGAUGUCAAGUUCAUCUUGCACGAAGCUUUCUUUGUUAGCUGGGUUUGUGCUGCUACAGAUCAUGUCUUGCUGUACAUCUUACUUUUAAAUAUUUUUAUGUGCUGAACUUAUAAUGUUUUACUUAAUUAGUGCUAUUUUUGUUUUAAUCAGGCAUAAUUACUUGCUUAGAUCCAGUUUAUGGAUUCUAAUUGCCACUUAGGUUCUAUACUUGUACUUUUUAAUACAAUACUAAAAGCUUGAGAAUCAUCUCUGCAGGCAUACUUCUUCUAUAAGAUGCUCUAUGAUAUGCAAGACUGCAAAUGGCACCAAGUGUAAGGGCCUUGUAUACUAGAGAGAUAUCUGCUUCUUCAAUAAUAGAUAAUGAAUCUAUAAAAAUAUAAUUACACAAGUAGAAGUUAGACUAGCCACUAAGAUCAGGAGAAAUGUGUAGAUGCUUGACUACUGGGUAGAAUCGGUUAUGGGUUAAUGUUUCAUUUGGAAUACAUUGCCCCUUCCACCCAGUUAAAUAUAAUUUUGUUCAUUAUAUAAGGCUCAGUACUGUAAUCACAGGAACAUGUAUCCUGGCAAAUGGAAUAAUUUAUUUAUAGACCAUUGUUGACAGUCAUGAUUUAUACAACAGGUUUAGGUUCAUAUUAAUAAUACAUAUUGUUAAUGCUAAAAACAGAUCAAUAACAAAACAGUUAAACUUUAAAAAAAAUGCAGACUUGAUUGAGCAUAUUCAUGUUAAAAUAUUCAUGAUAACAUGUACAUUAUAAUCUUUUAGUUUUUGAAGAGAGAACUUUUUGUCAAAAAUACAGCUCUGUGAAGGGUGGCCAGACAUUAUGGUGCAAUCCGUGGUGAUAUUGUUGUUAUGUUGUUGGUAGUACUCAGAGCAUUUUUUUAACUUUCCAUAUUGAAAUACAAACAAGUUUGUGAAGUUGUGAUUGAAAGUAUUUUUAGAUGGAUAGUUAAAAUAAUGCUUUGAACAAGUUGUCUUACCUCACUCAUCCCAAGAAAGGAUAGUGAUAUUUUUGUAAGCAGAUGUAGUGGUUUUACAUUUUCAGGUACUGUGAUCUCAAGUGGACGCUUAGAUGGGUCACUUGUUUGAUCUUGAAAAGUUAUUGUUAAUGGUCUCAAGUGGACACCUAGAUGGGUUACUUGAUGAACUAGUCAUUGUGUGCAGGCUGAAGUAGACACCAAGAAGGGUCACUUUGCAAGCCUGCUAGUCUCUGUGGGAUUCUCUGCACAUGCUCUUUAGAUGAGAGAUGUGCAUUUUAUCAGUUGUUAGUACAUAGAUGAAAUAAGAACAGAUCAACAUGUAACUGUUCUCAAGACAACAAUUGUCCAUUGUUUACUGUGGGGAUUGCAUUAAAUUUUAAGUACAUGUCCAAUUUUGAAAUUAUAAAGAUACUUUUCAGCUAAACAAUCCAGCAUAUGAUUGUUAAAAUGUUUCUUGGCAUUGUACUCGUUUUGCCCAGCAAUUAUGAUUAGUUACCUCUUAUGGCCAGCUAGAAAGUUAACCACCUGUAGACAAAAUGAUUGUGAGAAAUUAAAAGCAUAUGCAUUCAGUGCCAAACAACUCCAGAACUCCCAUCUAUGUGAGCAUCACAUUGUGCAAAUUUGCAACUUGCCAUUCUGAAAAUUUGCCAGGGAGAAACUAACUGUAUGGCAACUUUGGCUAGUCUCAUAUAAUAAUGGCUUCAUUGUUUGACCAGUGACUACUCACAUAAUAAUAUUUAUUAAUAAGUGUUUGUUUUAAAAUAAUGUGUUCUACAGAAUUAGUGUGAUGCCUGGAAAAUAUACAAGCCAUGAUAACAAAGUACAAGUAAUAAUUUCAUAAAAGUGAAACAAAAAAUAAGCUGUAUAACUAAUGCAUAUGAAAAGAUUGUAUGUUGGGUCAAGAAGUGGCACAAUGAGGGAUGAGAGAUUUGAGGAUGUGUCUUACUACCAAAAUGGUGGUGAACCACCCUAAAAAAAAAAAAAGUUUGAUUGCACUUUACAUGCCAUCAAAAAAGACUUGUUUGCAAAUCUUUAUCCUAAAGGGAAAUAAAAAUUUUUUUUUUUGCAGUCGUCCAUCAACACAUUUGUGUUGAGUCUUUUCAUUGGCAUUAGUUACAAAGCUCAUGUUUGUUUCACUAUUCUUAAACUAAAAUUUGUAGUGUGCCAUCAUGACUUUCAAGCAUCACAGUUAUUGUAGAACACAAUCUUUGAAACUUAAAAAAAUAUAUUAAAUUAGCCAAAACAGAUGACUCAAAAGAUCUUUUAUGUCAAGAUGUCAAAGACUGAAGGAGAUUGAGUUACUGUAAUUUUUUUUUUUUUCUCUCAAACUGAGGAGCACCCCAACUUACUAAGUUGUGUGAGUUCUUAAGUUGUUUGGUGCUGCCUGUAUCCUAAAAGAUUUGUCAUUCAUCCCUUGGACCUAUUUUGAACAAAGCAUUUGCUGGAUGGACCAAAGAAUGUAUUAUUUAUUUUCAAAUUAAAUUAUUCUGAAUACGUUCAACCUUGAAUGUUCCUUAAGUAGAACAGUAAAGGGGCAAUAUAAAGUUGAUCUUA